UCCUUUCCUGCAAUUGCUCCACUGCCCGCGUUCUCCUCUAGCAUUUGGUAUCCAAUUCAUAAACAAAACACAGUGAAAGAUUUACAAGAACAGAAAGUUAUGGCGUCGCCCAAAUAUGUUAUCAAUCCAAAGGAAGGAGAGAAGGAGGCAGACGAGAGAACAGAUCCAUUUAGGUGGAUGAUUGAUGGUUUCUCAACAAUUGCGAAUCGAGGUGCUGAUACGUAUUACUCAAGGAGUUUCACCGCCUGUGGUUUUAAAUGGAAGUUGCAACUGGAAUCAGUUUUAGAAGAAGAUGGCGAGAAAUUUAUUGGUCUUUACCUUUCAAAUGAUGAUGCAGAUUCAAAAAGCUCAGAGAUCAAGGCAAUCUACAAGCUCUUCAUAUUUGAUCAACUACAUGCGGAGCACAUACAAAAGGAAGGCGAAGACUAUUUCCAUAGCAAAUCCCAUGGAUUUUGUUGUAAGGUUGCAUUGAACAAGUUCAACAAUCCAAAAUCUGGUCUACUUGUCAAUGAUCGUUGCGUCUUUGGAGCUCAAAUCUUGGAGGCUUUUGCAUGCAAAUCAGACAAAGAAGGAAUCCAUGAAUCCUUGUCCCUUAACAAAGACCUAACUCCUCGAAUAUAUACUUGGGUAAUCAGGGGUAAUCAAGGAUGUUUCCAAAUCGAAGGAUGUACUAAUUUCUGGAGGUUUUACUGCAGGCGGCUACAACUGGAUUCCAUUACUUGUUCUUUAAUUGGAUCAUAGCUUUGAGCAUAUAAGAUAUAAUUAUUUGUUUUGUUUUAUUUUCGACAUGUCUAGGUGUAUCUGGCUCUAUCCAAACUUAGCCACAUUCAAAGACUCCCUUGGUGUUUUCUUGAGGAUGGACAAUGCUGUUAGUCUUUCUUCCAAGUCAAGUGUCUAUGUGGAUUUUAGCCUUUGCUUGUUGGAUCUACAUAAUGUCAACCAUUGG